GGCGAUCACCACCCUCAGUCCAGCUGUGAACCGAUGAAUAGAUCAGGGGGCCCGGUCUCAGCAUUCCAACGCUGGGAAUCUUCAUACCCAAGUUGCAGAAUGGACAUGGAGAAACAUAAUUCAUCUUUGGCGGAAGAUUUAUCUCAUCCAGACUUAGUCCUCAACAUAGGAAAAGUGACUCUUGGUGAAAGAUACAGAAAAGAGCUGCAGAAACCUCAGAGAGAGCAGGAGAAAGUGAAGAUUUUACAGGCUGCGUGUGCUUUAUUAAACUCAGGAGGAGGAGUGAUUCAGAUGGAAACAGCAGACCAGGUUGAACAGCCAGUGGAGAUGGGACUGGACUUGGAAGAGUCCCUGAGAGAGCUUAUUCAAUCUUCAGACUUGCAGGCUUUCUUUGAAUACAAGCACCAAGGGAGGUGUUCUUACAUUUUUGUUAAAUCUUGGAGCAGUGGCCCUUCACCUGAAGACAGUUCUACUAAGCCCCGCAUUUGCAGCCUGAGCUCUUCGCUGUAUCGUAGAUCUGGCACUUCCGUGCGUCUCAUGAAAUCAGGAGAUGCAUUCGAUUUCCUAGUAACCAGGAAAAAGAGUGUAAAAUGUAGUCAGAAUAAUGAAGAAUUUUUACAGAGUAAAAUUUCCAGAGCUGCACAUCAGAACAUCUCUGAAGCAAAUCUUGCUUUCCAAGUGUUCCAGAGAAACCGACUUGAAUAUGGUGAAAUUCUACCUUUUCCUGAGUCUCAAUCUGUAGAGUUUAAGCAGUUUUCUACAAAACACAUUCAGGAAUAUGUAAAAGGCAUAAUUCCAGAGUAUAUCCCUGCAUUUGCAAACAGUGGUGGAGGCUAUCUUUUUAUUGGGGUGGAGGAUCAGAGUAGGAAAGUCCUGGGAUGUGCAAAAGACAAAGUUGACUGUGCAUCUUUGACAAGAGCCGUAGCAAAAGCAGUUUCCAAGUUGCCCAUUGUCCAUGUCUGCUCUUCUGAAGCAGGGUUGUCUUAUAGGACCAAAGUCAUAGAUGUGUUUCUCAAGGAAGACUUGUAUGGUUAUGUCUUUGCAAUUGAAGUGGAACCAUUCUGUUGUAUGGUAUUCUCAGAAGCUCCCAGUUCAUGGAUAGUAAGUGAUAGGAAGAACAUCUACACCCUGACAACCGAGAAAUGGGUAGACAUGAUGACGGACACUGAUCCAGAUCUUCAGUGUUUGUCUGAAGACUUUGAAUCUCAGCUAAGCCUAUCUAGUGGACCUCCCCUCAGCAGACCUGUGUACUCCAAGAAAGGCCUGGAACACAAAGAGGAUCUCCAGAGAAUCUUAUUUUCAGUGCCACUGGAAAAUGUACGAUACACUCCUGAAUCCCUCUGGAAGGAGCUGUCCACACAGCAUGAAGGACUGGAGGCGUUAAUAAGUCAGCAAAUGGAUCACUUCUCCCGGGGAAUUCUGAUUCUCUCUAGAAGCUGGGCUGUGGACCUGAAUUUGAAAGGGAAGCAGGAAGUCAUCUGUGAUGCUCUGCUGAUCGCUCUGAACAGCACCCCCAUCCUCUACACUGUUCUCAGGGAUCAGGAUGCAGAGGGGCAGGCUUACUGCACCAAGACUGCAUUUACUUUGAAGCAGAAGUUGGUAAACAUGGGUGGCUACACUGGGAAAGUGUGUGUCGUACCCAAGGUUCUCUAUCUGAGUCCCAAGAGCAAUGCAGAGACCAUGCAGGGGUCGGACUUUCUGAUAGAUUACCCCUCAUCCUAUUACCUUACAGAAACGCAGGAAAUGGAAACCUUGCUGCAGGCCCUCGUGAUUGUCUUGCUUGGCUUCAGAUCUUUCCUGAGUGAUCAGCUUGGCUGUGAGAUUUUAAAUCUGCUCACAGUCCAACAGUAUGAGAUAUUAUCAACAAACCUCCGCAAGAGCAGACACUGGUUUGUCCAUGGCUUGCCUGGCUCAGGGAAGACAAUCAUGGCCAUGAAGAUCAUGGAGAAGAUCAGAAAUAUGUUUGGCUGUGAGGCAGAUAGAAUUCUCUACAUUUGUGAAAACCAGCCUCUGAAGAACUUUAUUGGGUAUAAAAGGAUCUGCCAGGCAGUAACCCGGAAAACAUUCAUGAAGGCAAACUUUGAAGAGAUUCAACACAUCAUUGUGGAUGAAGCUCAGAAUUUCCGCAAGGAAGAUGGGGACUGGUAUAGGAAGGCAAAAGAUAUCACUCAGAGGGAAAAAGAAUGUCCAGGAAUUCUCUGGAUCUUUCUGGACUAUUUUCAGACCAGCCACUUGGAUGAAAGUGGUCUCCCUCCUCUUUCUUUCCAGUAUCCAAGAGAAGAGCUCACCAAAGUAGUCCGCAAUGCGAAUAAAAUAGCCCAAUACCUACAAGAAGUGAUGAAGGACAUUAGAAGGAGACCAGCACCUAACAUUCCCCAUGGGUCCUUGGAGAUGCUUCCUGAAGCCGAAUGGGUUUGCAGUAUCCAGGGAACCUUCCAGAUUCUGAGAAAUUUGGCUAUGAAUCAAAUCGUGACCAUAGUGGCAGACAAGUGCAAGAUGCUCUUUGAAAAGGGAUAUUCAUUCAGAGAUAUCGCUGUGCUGGUUGGUACCACAGAUGAAGUGGAGCGCUAUAAGCAUGACCUUCUGAGAGUGAUGAGGAAGAAAAGGGUGGUGCAGUUCAGUGAUGCAAAUGGCAUGUUGAGUGACCACAUUGUGUUGGACAGUAUCCGGCGGUUCUCAGGCCUGGAAAGGAACGUUGUGUUUGGGAUCCUUGAAAAGUCAGCCGAGCCUGCUAUCUUAAAGAACAUUCUGGCCUGUCUGGCUUCCAGGGCUAGACAACAGCUCUUUAUUCUGUUUCAUGGUAAUUUCUUAGUGUGAUAGGCUGAUAGAUCUGGCUCUGUGAGAUUACUAUAGGCCAGACUCUAAGGGAAAAUUACUAAACAGACUCCAUUUUGCUCUGAGACUCCAUGUUAUGCAGAUAAUAAGUUUCUCCCAUGGGAACACCCCGCCUCUGUACCCAUCAUCAGUUACUUAG